AUAAAUAAAUAUCCAAACGAAGAAUUAAUGGCGGCCAAGCCAACAAUUUCGUCGUCGUCGUUGCCGCCCUCGUCAUCUUUGUUCUCCGGCGAGUGUAUCAGUAGCAGUCUUCUCCUCUGCUCUGCAAUCAAUUGUGCUUUAUACACUCUCCGAUUCACCGCUAAAGUUUUCAACUUUCCCGCUCACUCUCUCUCUCUCGCCUUCUUCGAUAAUCUUCGCGGUUGAUUCACUCAUCGGCGGCGGCAAACUGCUUCGACAUUCUCUCCUCCAGAGCUGAUCGGUGUGUCAAUGUUCAUCAUAAAAGGUGAAGAUGUGGCUUAACGCAAUUACUUCUGAAGUGACUUGACCAUAGUGUUUCCUUUUGGGCGAAUUCGUUGACCAUGAUGUCAAGCUUCCAUGAAAAGAACUCUGCUUAUGAGGGUUUUAGUUUGAUUGUUUUCCUGUAAUGGAAGCUAUGACUGAGAACUCUAAAGCGUCGGGUCUUAGGCACCCUCCUAAGAUGUUUCCAUCUUCGGAAAACAACAAUUCGUUCAUUCAACCACCGCCCCAUUUACAGCCCCGCGAGUUCCCGUCCCACGUGGAUGCUCCCGAUAUCUCCCCAAUGGCGAAAAUCCUCUGUGAGAUCCUUGUUCGGGCCCCACCCGGGAACAUUGAGGGUGUCCUCGGGUCCACGGGAAUCCCAUCAAGCCCUGCCCUCGUGGAAGAAGUCCUCCAGUUUUCAUAUAACUAUCCUGGGUCGGCUGUGAAGUUCUUUCGCUGGGCAGGGCACUCCCACAAGCAUUCGACUUAUUCGUGGAACCUCAUGGUUGAUUUGCUUGGCAAAAACCAGCUGUUUGAGCAAAUGUGGGAUGCGAUAAGAUCGAUGAAGCAAGAGGGCGCCCUCUCACUGACGACGUUCACAUCCAUUUUUGGGAACUACUGCAGUGCUGGGAGGUUCAACGAGGCCAUUAUGACCUUCGAUGUGAUGAACAAGUACGGAGUUGAACAGGACGUGCUUGCUGUCAAUUCACUGCUGAGUGCGAUCUGCCGUGAGGACAAUCAGACUUCGAAGGCACUCGAGUUCUACGAUAAGAUCAAGACAAAGAUAAACCCUGAUGGAGAUACAUUCACCCUUCUGUUCGAAGGGUGGGAGAAGGAAGGCAAUGUCACCAAGGCCAAGACAACUUUUGGCGAGAUGGUAGUCCACGUGGGGUGGAGCCCAUUGAACGUGUCGGCUUAUGAUGCUUUCUUGACGACUCUUGUUCGGGGGUCUCAGGCUGAGGAGGCUAUCAAGUUUCUUCGAGUGAUGAAGAGAAAGAACUGCUUGCCAGGUUUGAAAUUCCUUUCCAACGCACUUGAUAUUCUCAUUAAGAACAAUGAUUCCAGCAACGCUCUCCAGUUGUGGGAUAUUAUGGUUGGGAGGGGGUUGAUGCCCAACUUGACGAUGUACAAUGCGAUGAUCGGUCUCCUGUGCAAACAAAAUGAGAUCAAUCACGCAUUUUGCCUGCUUGAUGAUAUGGUAUUCCACGGAGUUUUUCCAGAUUCGCUGUCCUACAACAUGAUCUUCCAUUGUCUGGUCAAGAACAAGAAGGUUCCUGAAGCAGCCAAGUUUUUCUCUGAGAUGAUCAAGAAUGAGUUCCCCCCAACACAUUCUAAUUGUGCUGCAGCUAUAGCCAUGUUUUUCGAUGGUGAUGACCCUGAAACAGGAACAGAGAUAUGGAACUACAUGAUCGAGAACCGUUUUUCGCAUCUCGAUGCCAGUGCAAAUGCACUCCUUCUGGGGCUCCAGAGUUUGGGAAGGUUGUCAGAGGUUAGGAGGUUCUUAGAAGAUAUGCUUGACAAGAGAAUUGGUAUCUCUGAGUCAACAAUGGGAAAGCUAAAAGAUUCCUUCUAUAGGGUGGGGAGGAGUUCAAGAGAAACUUAUGACCGUAUUUCCAGGAGGUGGAAAGCUUCAUAAGUGUUCCCUUUUGCAAGUUUCAUCCCAAUUCUUCUGGAAGCAUUUAUUCAUUUUUUAGUACAUAUGCUAGAGAUAUUUUUGCUACAUUGGAUUGCACUGCUUGUUUCUCCAAGUAAUAUAAAGCUCUCGCCAUUAUUAUCUUUCGUACCUAAUUAAA